AUGAAUCGGAUUCGAACAUCGGAAAGAAGAUGCAGAAAAUCUACAUCUUCUCAUCAACACAAUCACCUACUUGCCCAUAACCAAUCGGCUUUGUGGAGCAAACUUCUACACGAGGGCAGGACGCAGAAACAUCCAUGUAUGAAAGCCAGCUAAAAUACAUUUGAUUGAAUGAAACCUCGCAAAAAAAAAUUGGGGUCGUCAGGCGUGAAGUUGUGAUAAACAAGGAGUGUGGGGCGGUUUGUUUUUCCGCGUUUUUUGGCAUCAUGCUACCAACGGUGCAUGCUGCAAUCGGUUUUUUUUUUCUAAGUUGGAGCGGCGAUGCGGGAGCGAUGAUGACGGGCUGUCUGUCGUUGCCGGAUUUAUCUGCGGACGUCGAACAAUCACAUAUACUGUGUACUAUUCAUGCCAGAGUCUUCAAUAAAAAUAUGAAAAACAAAAUAUAUCUCGCAAUGUAACAACAGGUGUCGUGUGGUGA